CGCGGGUGGGAUGUCGAGGCCUCUCCCUGCGCCUUCGGGUGCUGCAACGCGGUGUUGGGCAAAACGGCGAAGAAUCGCGCUCCCCUGGCGCCGUUUCGGCUGGAAAUGGCCCCUCUUGGGCCCGGGCGGCACCGCGGGCACGGCAGCACCCGGGCGCGCGGCGGAUGCGGCCCCCGGCGCCGGCUGCCUCGCGUCGAACUUCCUCCGGCAGAAAACGUAAAACCGCAAGUUGCUGCCGAGCGCAAAAUAAAAAAAAAAGAAAAGCGAGCCGCGACGCCGCGGCGGCCCCGGGGCAGCGAGCUGCAGCCAUGGCCGAGGGCAAGAGCGGCGGCGCUGGGCUCUUCGCCAAGCAGGUCCAGAAGCGCCUCAGCCGGGCGCAGGAGAAGGUUUUGCAGAAACUGGGCAAAACGGUGGAGACCAAAGACGAGCAGUUUGAGCAAAGCGCCUACAACUUCCAGCAGCAGCAGAGCGAAGGCCACAAGCUCUACAAGGACCUCAAGGCUUUCCUCGGCGCCGUGAAAGUGAUGCACGAGAGCUCUCGGAAGGUGGCCGAGACGCUGCAGGAGAUCUACAGCGCCGAGUGGGACGGGCACGAGGAGCUGGGAGCCAUUGCGGCUAGCAACGACCUGCUGUGGGACGACUACGAGGCGAAGCUGGACGACCAGGCGGUGCGGCUCAUGGAGAACUACCUGGCCCAGUUCGGCGAGAUCAAGGAGCGCAUGGCCAAGCGCGGCCGCAAGCUGGUGGACUACGACAGCGCCCGGCAUCACCUCGAGGCCCUGCAGAGCGCCAAGAAGAAGGACGAGGCCAAGAUCGCCAAGGCGGAGGAGGAGUUCAACAGAGCCCAGAGCGUCUUCGAGGAGCUCAACCGGGAGCUGCGCGAGGAGCUGCCCGUGCUCUACGGCAGCCGCGUCGCCUGCUACGUGACCGUCUUCCAGAACAUCUCCAACCUCCGCGACGUCUUCUACAAGGAGAUGAGCAAGCUGAACCACGACCUCUACGAGGUGAUGAGCAAACUGGACAAGCAGCACUCCAGCAAAGUCUUCAUCGUCAAGGGCGUCCCCAGCAACCGCCGCUCGCUGCUCAUCUCCUCGCCCGUGAGCCCCCCGGCCGCCUUCCCCUGCCCGGGGCCGGCCGAGCCGCCCGUCUCCCCCGCAGCCGCACAGCCGGAGCCGGAGCCUCCCGCAGCAGCGGAGCCGCCAGCAGCCUCCUCUUCCUCCUCCUCCUCCUCAUCCUCCUCGGGCGGCGGCGAGGCCGUCUCCAAUGGGCCGGGAGAGCCGAAGCCCACGGCGCUCACCGAAGCCGGGCCGGGAGAGCCGGAGCCCACGGCGCUCGCCGAAGCCGGGCCGGGAGAGCCGGGAGAGCCGGGAGAGCCGGGAGAGCCGGGAGAGCCGGGCGCCGGCGACGCGGAGCCCACGGGAGGCACCGAGGACGUCGCCACGUCGCUGGCGGAGCUGAUCCUGUCCGAGGCGCUGGCCAAGGCGGCGGGAGGCAGCGGGCAGAGCCCCGAGCGGGACGACGACGGCGUCGAGCCGGAGCCCAGGGAAGCGGCCGCCGCGCCGGGAGAGACGCCGCCGUUGCCGACUCCAGCCGAGGAGCCCAGCGACUCCGGGGAGAGCCUGGAGGAGUUCGACCUCUCCCCAAAAUCGGCGAGGACGCAGGUGGGCCUGGACGCUGCCCCCGACGAGGAGCCGAGCGGCAGCUCCGGGGACGACGGUCCCCGCGCCGACCCCCAGGAGCGCGAUGCCGCCGGGGCGCCGGACGGCAGCCGGGAGCCUGGGGACGCCGGGGACGUCGCCGAGCCCCUCGGACCCGCCUGAGCCCGGCGGGGCGUCACGGAGCCGGGCGCGGAUAACUCCCCGCAGCGCAACCGCGGCCGCUUUGCACCCUCCGCACGCUGAAAUAAAGGCGGCCGGCGCAA